AUGGAUGGUCUGGUUCUCUCCAAUUUCAACAUUGUAUGCACGGUCUUUGGCGGCUUUCUCUUGAGUUUCGGGUUAGUGUCUGAUGCGUGGAAGCAACAAUUCCUGCUCUCCGAAGCAUUGAUUGCUUUGAUCGCAGGUGCAGUUCUCGCACACUUCGCUGGUUUUCUCCGGCCAGACGAAUAUGGAUGUGGACAUGGCAGGAAUAUAGAUUCCAUCACCCUGGAAUUCUCCCGGCUUGUCCUCGCCGUACAGCUGGUCCUGACGGGUAUCCAGCUCCCGUCACGCUACCUCUCCCGGGCAUGGUGCUCAAUCUUCUACAUGUUGGGGCCGACCCUGACGCUGAUGUGGCUCAGCGCAGGUCUCAUAAUAUGGUUGAUGGUGCCACGGCUAAGCUUCAUCCACGCCCUGGCCAUCGGAGCCUGUGUUGCUCCGACGGAUCCAGUCUUAUCCAAUGCCGUCAUCAAAGGCCGGUUCGCAGAGAUCAACACCCCGAAGCCACUGCAGCGACUCAUCACAGCCGAAGCAGGACUGAACGAUGGUCUGGGCUAUCCGUUCCUCUUCUUCUCGCUAUAUUGGAUCAAGCAUUCCGGGAGUCAAGGGAUUCAGCUGCCCAUGCUGACAUCCUGGAUUGGUGAUACCUGGGGCCAUGUCGUGAUUUUCAGCAUGGUGUAUGGUGUUGUCGUCGGUUAUGUUGCGCGGAAGCUGUUCUUCUCGGCCAGAAGACGCGGGCUGAUUGAGGAAGAAAGCUCUCUCAUAUAUGUUAUUGCACUGUCUCUAUUCGUCUUGGGGACUUGUGGGAUAUUGGGAACCGACGACAUCCUUGCGUGCUUCGUCGCCGGAUGUACCUUUGCGUGGGAUGACCAGUUCGAGCAGGAUGCCUGCAGCGAGCUGUUCUGGUCUGCUGCCGACACGCUGCUCAACAUUUCCAUUUUCAUCUGGUACGGGGCUGUUGCCCCGUGGGCGCUGUUCGCAACAAACAACGUCCUUUCUUUCGGAAGAUUAAUGGCGCUGGGCAUCUUAGUCCUCUGUCUCCGUCGCUUCCCGGCGAUAUUGGCCAUGAAGCACAAAGUAACCGAGAUCGGGACAUUUUUCCAGGCCAUGUUUGUCGGAUUCUUUGGACCUAUUGGCGUCUCAGCCAUUUUCUACUUGCUGAUCGCCGUGGAGUUCCUUGAGGAGUUGGUUCGGGACGAAAAAAGUACGUCAAUCGGAGACAUCCGAUAUCUCCAGGAAGCCAUGCGGGUAGUUGUCUGGUUCCUGGUCGUCAGCAGUGUGGUCGUCCAUGGCCUCGCCUUGCCGCUGGCCAAACUGUGUUGCUGGAUGCCAUGCGGCGGUAAUUCCAUAUGCGUGCAAGGUCUCCUCAGCAGUGGUGACGAAGAAGCUGCGUCAGAACCCCCGGCAAGAAAGUUUCGGGACUACUUCGCCGUCAAGUCUUCAAGCAAGGAAAGUCAGACACGCAUCUGGUCUGGUGCGAAUGGAUAUGGUACUAUGGGCAGAGGCUGA